UGUGUGACUUCACAGCUUCACAGAAACUGAAGGCAUUUGAUGGCAUUUAAAGUCGCAACUCUUGAAAAUAGUUCAGUUGUUUAGGUCCUACUGGGUAAACGUUCGUUAUUGUGGAUAAAAUGCGAAAAAUUAUUUUAAUGUGUAUAAUCGGCAUGGCCCUAUAUAGAACCACUGUCGCAGGUUCAGUCGGUGAGCCCAUUUCGGAAUUUACUCUGCACUUGGAGCUAAUAACUGAGAUUCUGGAAAAAAGGUUCAGCCUAUUUGCUGAAACUUUGCACGAGAGAUUGACGAGCUUUGAAAACCGGCUGACACAAUUGGAAUGCUCAAAGAAAUGUUCAGCUCCAAAUGGAGGCUCCCCGUCUUUAGAUAAUGGAUCCCGUGAAAGCGAAACAGGAUAUGAAGGCAUGGAGUCGGAAGAAAUUGAAAAAGAGGAAGUUUCAAAGAAUGUACAGAUUCCAAAUGGAGAAGACACGAUCCAAUCUCGAUUAGAUGAUAUUGAAAAUGACCUUAUAAAACAGAAAGUAAACCAGGAUAGAAAUAAAUCAACAGAUGAAGCCGAAGACGAAGCGACUUCUUAUAUUGAUUCCCUGAUUGAAAUAUAUAAAAAAAUGUUAGAUAAGGAAAAAGAAGCAGAACCCGGUACAAACUAAAAGUACUGGAAGAUCUAGUAAACAGCUCGUGACUAUUGACACUUCUUUGCUGGCUGAGCAAUAUAUAACUUGGAUGAAACUUCAAAACAAAAUAAAAGAGGAACUGAUUACUGAUGAAGCAAGCACCACUGACAGCACCACUACUAAUACUACUGAUGAUGCUGGAAAAUAAUUAUGGAAGAAUAUACUACAUAUAUAAAUAUUUAAAAGGCGAUCGAAAAAAAACAAUUGACUUCAACAUACAACCACAAAAAGACUUUAGAUAAAAACUACAAAAAAAAAAAAAAAUUACAAAUUACAAAAUAAUCGACAUUUAAAGACAAAACUAAAAUAAGUAUAUGAACAAUUGAAUAAGAUCCUGAAAAUUAAUUAAUUAAUACAAAUUAAUACAAAUGAAAAUUGAAUUUUAAAGUUACUCGAAUAUAUAUAACAAAAUAAGGAGCUAUCAACGCGACAGAAAAGUUGUUACUUAACAUUUUAUAAAAUCUGUUUAAAACGCAAUACACAAGAAAUGUAUAUUGUUUAACUAUAAUACCUAUUUGACAAUAAAUUUCAUAUAUUUUUUUUAAAAA